UCACCAUUGCUAAUGCUUUACAACGAUAUCGUUUAAUUAUAAUGAGCAUACGUCAGUCACAAUAUGGCGUUGAGGACAGGAGCUAGUGUUUUGCGGCUGAGCGCGCUACGCAAUGCUUACCGGGUUUUGUCCACAAAUACGAGGCCGGAAGUUGCUCAAAACAAGCCGAAAAAUGCUGAGUUUCCCGGCGCUAAGGCUCCGUACGUCACGGAGAUGAAUUUCCUGAAUGACACGAGCUAUGACCCCAUCCCUAUCUACCGGGUGUUGGACAACAAUGGCGCUGUGCUCGAGAGUAGGGAGGAGCCGAGUAUCGAUAAUGACCAACUCGUGAAUAUGUACAAAACGAUGGUUCAACUUACCCAAAUGGACAAGAUUUUGUACGAGUCUCAAAGGCAAGGUCGUAUAUCCUUCUACAUGACAAACUACGGCGAGGAAGGCAUCCACGUCGGUAGCGCGGCAGCCCUAGAUCCCCGAGACCUGGUAUUUGCCCAGUACCGGGAAGUAGGCGUGUUCCUCUAUAGAGGAGUGACGGUUACCGAGCUCAUCAACCAAUGUUACGGCAACCAUGAGGACCCUGGCAAAGGGAGACAGAUGCCUGUACACUAUGGGAACAAACAGAGAAACCUUAUCACGCUUUCCAGUCCUUUAGCAACCCAGAUGCCACAAGCAGUUGGUGCAGCAUACGCAUUGAAGCGUCAGCCGGACAACGACCGUUGUGUUAUCUGCUACUUCGGAGACGGCGCCGCUUCUGAAGGAGACGCGUAUGCUGCCUUCAACUUCGCCGCUACCUUGGAUUGCCCUGUGGUUUUAUUAUGCAGAAACAAUGGCUACGCUAUCUCAACUCCAACAAGCGAGCAGUACAAAGGUGAUGGCAUAGCAGCCCGUGGCCCUGCACUCGGCAUCCGGACCGUCCGAGUUGACGGGACUGACGCUCUCGCCGUAUACAACGCUGUUAAGCAGUCGAGGGAAUACGCCAUUGCUAACAAUAAGCCCGUGUUGAUUGAGGCUAUGUCUUACAGAGUCGGUCAUCACUCUACGUCUGACGAUAGCACGGCUUAUAGAUCAGUAGAAGAAAUACAAAAAUGGACCAAAGAUGAGAGCCCACUUCAGAAAUUCAAAAUGUAUUUGGAAAGCAAAGGUAUCUGGGAUGAGGAUGCUGAGAAAACAUGCCUGAAAGAAUCACGAGACACAGUCGUCAGAACCAUGCAGGAAGCAGAGAAGAAGAAGCGCCCACACUGGAAAGAAAUGCUGGAAGACGUUUACUACGAAAUGCCUCCUAGGAUUCAAAAACAAAUGCAACAAAUGGAGGAGCAUUUGAAGAAGUACCCGGACAAAUACCCACUCGAUCAAUACCAGACCGAUUGAUUGUUUAACUGAUUGUAAAUAGCGACAUUGCAUUCUUAAUAAAUUAUGUUUUAAUAUUA